AUGGAAAAUUCGGAAUCACCAACGACACCAAGCAAUCACGACAUAGAAUUAGAAAAGUCUGAAAAUUUGGAGAUGUCAAAUACAUCAGAUGAAAAUAUGUUGGCACAGAUAAAGGAACUAUUUGGUGAUGAAAUUGCCAGCGCUUUUGAAAGUAAGUAGUAAUGAUAAGCUAUCAGAAUUCUGUACCCUGUGUUCUUGUAAUAUAACUGCAAUAAUAUACAUUUGCAUGUACCAUUAUAUUAUUUAUAUAUAAAAGUAUAACAGUACGUGCACAUGUUUAAUACUAUACUGCUAUAUAUUUCUUAUUUUAUACAAUUUGUCAAUGGACCAUUUGUAUUAUAGACUAAAUUUUGAUCUAGACAAAACUUUCAUCACAGCUUGAAAGAGCAUCACAAAAUUAGUAAUAUUCCAAAGUUUCAUUGCGAAAUGUUGUGAAAUGCGGAUAAUAUAGCCUUGCGAAGUUUGCCGUUUUUCAGUCAUUUUGUAUUUAACGCACGGGAAAUUGACAGCCCAAUCGGGUGUCCGGGCAUCAAUUUCCCGUUUGUAAUACAAAAUGAAUGAAAACUGCAAAUUUCGCAAGGCUAUAUUAUCCGCAUUUUACAACAUUUCGCAACGAAACUUUGGAAUAUUACUAAUUUUGUGAUGCUCUUUCAAGCUGUGAUGAAAUGUUUGUCAAGAUCAAAAUUUAGUCUACAAUGCAAAUGGUCCAUUGCAAGUACUAAAUGUCACGAAUAUGUUAUAAUAUCAGAAUAUAUAUUUACCAAUAGUGCAAUAUAUACAAACGUACAAUGUACUUAGACAAAACUAGAACAGUUCGUGCCUGGUAUGAAUAUUCGUGUCCUCGUGUGAAGUAGUCAGGUGAUAGAUGAUAUAAAUUAACAUAAUUCUUAUCCUUCUAACACUAUACUUGUCAUUGUAGGGGAAGAGAUUGUUACUGAAGAGGCUAUAAGAGAUUGCUUAUCCAGAGAUUCAGAUGCUCCCAUUUUUGGAAGACUUGGCCUGUCCUAUGGUAAAGCUGUUCGCUUCAAGGCAACAUUUGAAAAGAUUUUCCCACAGGAAAAUGUAGUCAGGGGGAAGAAAAGAUCUAGAUCAUCUACACCCUCGCCUACUAAUGUGAAGCCAUCCAUGGGUGACAUGGCUUUUUUCUCACCAGAACAGAAGGCCUUGUAUCUUGCUAAGUAAGUGAAUGGGGCAAGCAUUGUUUGUUAUAUAAUAUUUUGCUGAGAACAAGUUCACACUCUAGAUCUACAUUGGUCUCUUACCUCAAAAGGCCAUCAGACUGUAGUGGCCUACUGGCCUUUUGAGGUAAGCAAAAAUCUACAUUUGCUCUGUCCAUACUGAUGCAGAUAUUGCACAGCACACUCCCUAUUAGGGUUUAUUGUGAAUAGAUAGAUAGACAGAACCGGAAACAGACCAAGGUAGACUGUGAGCUUACAAUGGCGCUUUAAGCAGCCGCUAUUAGUCCAUACCUCAUUAAUGAUCUGCCCCCUGACCUAUGUGUUUAACCCACCUUGUCAACUUUCCCUGUGGGAGGAAACCGGAGUACCCGGACAAAACCCUGGAUCUGGAGUACCCAGAGAAAACCCUGGAGAACCUGUGUGAAAACUUGUUAUACGGUUUCCAUACAAUCUUAAAAAUUUUAUUAACAGUAUUAACCAUGAUUGAAGGUUUAAUUUUCUUUGUUAUAUAUAUAGACGUAAGAAAGUUGGAGUGUUAGCUUCAGAACAUUGGAAAGAUAACCCUGCCCCAAAAUUUAAUACACCUCAAAUGAAAUCAGCAUUGGCAAAAUUUGCAGAACAAAUUGCACCACAAUGUGCAAUGCCAGAAAUAGGUUUUACUGUUGAUGGGAUUGUCAAACAUGUGCAGUGUUUCUUCAAUGAACAACGAAGAUACAGAAAUAGAAAACCAGUUGAUUUAAAGGUACAUAUACAGUAUGCUGUAUUACAUUUUUUAUUACUUGUUUUUAACCCAUUAGCUGGCAUUGCACGCCCCCAACGAGCCCUACAUUAGUAUUUACCUGUCUAACGCCAGGUGAUUUACUUGUCAUGCAGUGGUAGAUUACUACCAGUUAAUGGGUUAAAAAAUAUAUCUGCCAAUGUCUCUUGUUAACCCAUUAGUGGGCAAUGCGCCCAAAUGUGCCCACUUCAGACAGUAUUUACUCUAUCUAACACCCGACAAUUUUACUCGUCAGUGGUAGAGUACUGCCACUAAUUGUGUUCACCAUCCUAUCUGUCAGUGACUCUUAUUAAUUAACAAAUACAUCUGCCAAAUGCCUCCUAUUAACCCAUUAGCUGGCAGUGUGCCCAAAUGUACCCUACAUUAGUAUUUACUCUGUCUAACGCCAGACGAACGAUUUUAACUCAUCAGUAGUAGGGUGCUGUUAACAAACCUAUCUGCCAAUGGCUCUUAUUAGCAAAUAUAUCUGCCAAUGUCUCUUAUAGUUAACAACUAUUUUACUUGUCAGUGAUAGAGAACUGCCAGUAAAUGGGUUAAAUUAACAAACCUAGCUAUCUGCCAAUGUCUCUUAUUAACCUGUUAGCUGGUAAUGCAGCCAAAUGCACACUACUUUAGUAUUUACAGAACUCUGUCUAAGGCCAAAAAAAAAUACCUGUGGUUCCGAUUCCCGACCGACCCUAUUUUUUUCUGCCGCCCCUAUUAUUUUUUCAACAUGAUUGACCGUGCGACCCUAUUUUUUCCAGGUGGUUGUGGGCUGCUCAUACAGCGUGCCAAAAUGGCGUCUGUUAAUUGUCACACUAAUUAUUGCAAAAACCAUUAACCAUGAAAAAAUAUUCGAAAAAAAAAUUUAUUUCCGACCUACCGAUCUUAAUUUUUUCACGAUAUGAAACCGAAACCACAGGUAUUUUUUUAUGCCUAACGCCAUACGUAUUUAUUCUGUCUAACGCCAGACGAUUUCAUUCGUCAGUGGUAGCUAGAGUACUACCAGUAAAUGAGUUAAAUUAAAUGAUGAAAUGUAACAUAAUUAAAUAUAUUUAUAGGUUUCCAAUUCAACAAAAGAAGAUCCAAAGUUCCCUGAACUGUUAACUAUUUCUCCAAAUGAGAAAGUCCCAGGUUCUUCAAAAAAGCUGAAGGUACGUGUACAGAUUGGAAAUUGCAUGUGAACUUUGCUUUUUCCUUAACUGAUGCGCGCAUGUGCACAGCAAAUUUAGCUAACUAGUACGUACUGAGAAUAUCAGUCGUACUGCAUGUCCAGAGAUGUCAAAAGGAAAAGUAUUUUGAUCUUCAUUAGCAUCCAGUUCAUUUAUAAUAUUUCAAUGUAUAAGCAUUACUCAUUCACUGUUAUAAAGGUUUUAGUACCUAUAGUUUUAUACUUGGUCUCUGUUACUGGAACAUUUUCUCGCAUUAAUAUUUUUUCCUUUUUCCUGCAUGUAGCGAGUUAAAAGAAUUAGUGAUGAUGGAUCAGGAAGUGAUACUGGGAACGAUCAUGGUGCCCAAUCUGCAAGUACUCUUUCACCAAAUAGUGAUUUGGAUUCAUCGCCUGAAGAUUUGGGCAUACAUGAUAUCAAAAGUAGUGUCUCUCUAGAUCUGCCUAAGGAUGAUUCGGAGAGUAAAUCCCCCAAAGCAUACCCAUUUAAAAGUUGUCAGAUGAUUUGCAAAGCAGUGUUUGGUGAACUGCCAAAUAGGGAAGACAUUAUAAGAAUCUUAAAGAAGAAAUUCGAUGUAAAGCAAAGUCAAAUAACAGCGCUAACAAUGAGCCAACUUCUUGAAGUAACAUCAAAAAAGUUGAUCAACCAAAAAUACUGUUCUGUCAAAGAAGGCACAAACAUGAGCAAUAUCAGAAUGGACAGUAUUAUUGUGCACAAAGAGAUUGCACUUUAG